CAGGAAGGGAGUUAACCCUCUCCGUCGGGGCAGCUCACCUGGAUAGAGCAGGGAGAGUGGGUCUGUGAGUGGGUGUGUGAGCAUAUCCUCUAGGAGGGAUCAAGUCACAGCACACUCGGUCAUUUUCACUCAGUUCCUCUGAGUCUUACUGUCUCUCAUAUCUCUGUGCUGCUCACACUUGAAAAGUAAUUGCACAGUCGAGACUCAGCUUAAGGGUAAAUCAGUCAAUAUUUGACCAGACUGGACUGGAGCACAGGAAGGAACAAGCAACAGAAACAACAGAAAAAGUGGAGGAUUGUUUUUUUCUUUUUUCUUUUUUACCUUUAAAUUGAGACGAGGGCUUGAAGAUUUUUUUUAACAACACAAGUGGAUACAAACUUUCCCCAAAUCGUGGGUCAGAGAAAGCAGGAAAGGAUUUAGUGUUUUUCUUAUUUAUCGCCGGACUCUUGGACUUGGACUGCGGCAGAGCACUAAGAGGAAGGAGAUGGGGAGAUGGAUGUUACAUCUCUCAGUGGGUCUGGGUCUUCUCGCUGUCCUGUUGACCUGCUGUUAUGCUGAGGUGAACUACUGCUUCGCUUCCAGGGCGAAAACCUGCUCUGAAUGCCUGCAGUCUGGCAAAGGCUGUGCCUACUGCCCUGAUGAGACCUUUAAUGGCCCUCGCUGUGACCUGUAUGAGAAUAUAAUUGCCCAUGGCUGCAGUGCUGCUGCUGUUAUCACAGCUCAAAGUGAAAUGCAAAUUGAAAGAGAGGAAAGCAUCAACAUUGCGCUCCAGCAGUCACAGGUUUCACCACAGCAGGUCAGUAUGAGCUUCCUGCCAGGAGAGGAGAAGGUGAUGGAUGUGAAAGUGUUCUCUCCAACCAAAGGCCCUCUGGAUCUUUAUAUUCUCAUGGACUUCUCAAACUCCAUGGCUGACGAUUUAGACAACCUGAAGCGAAUGGGCAAUGAACUUGCUGUAUUGGUGAAGAAGCUGUCUGAUGACUACACCAUUGGAUUUGGAAAGUUUGUGGACAAAGUAAUUGAGCCACAGACUGAUAUGAGACCUAGAAAACUUAAAGAGCCUUGGCCUGACAGCGACUCUCCCUUCUCUUUCAAAAAUGUUAUCAAACUGACCAGUGACUUGAAUGAGUUCACCUCAAAGCUCCAGAGGGAGAGAAUAUCUGGCAAUUUGGACGCUCCUGAAGGAGGAUUUGAUGCUAUACUGCAGGCUGCAGUCUGUGGGGAUAAGAUUGGUUGGCGCAAAGACAGCACACAUCUUCUGGUUUUCUCCACUGAGUCAGCUUUCCAUUAUGAGUCUGAUGGUGCCAAUGUGCUCUCUGGGAUCCUGAUGCGCAAUGAUGAAAACUGCCACUUGGACGAUGAUGGCAAAUACACAGAGGAUACCAAUCAGGAUUACCCCUCUGUGCCCACAUUAGUCCGUGUACUCAGCCAGCACAACAUCAUUCCCAUCUUUGCUGUCACCAACCACUCCUACACAUACUACACGAAACUCCAAACAUAUUUCCCAAUUGCUGAAGUUGGUCUGCUGCAAGAAGAUUCAUCUAAUAUCCUGCAAGUCAUGGAGAUUGCCUUUGAGAGUAUCCGUAGUAAAAUGAGCAUCCGUGCAGAGGACAGACCCAAGGCUUUCCUGGCUGACUUCUUGACCUCGAGUGGGAGCGUUGCUCAAUACGGAGCCCUUAAUAUCAAGCCUGGAGCAAUUGGUGACUUCAAGAUGCGGCUUAAAGCUCAGCGGAUGAUUGAUGACCAGCCUGUCUGUGGGAUGAAUCCAGAUGAAAAAGAAGGGACAAUGAGAGUCAAACCUACAACUUUUAAUGAUGCAGUAAAUGUUAAGGCAUCCAUUUUGUGCCCAACGUGUGCCUGUGAGCAGAAACCUAUCCGUAGAUCUCCCAAGUGUCAUUUCCAUGGGGACCUAGUGUGUGGAAAGUGUCAGUGUUAUGAUGGCUGGGUGAGCACAUACUGUAACUGUACAGCCAGUAGUUCGACAGUGGACACCAGCCUGUGUAUAGGUCCGGGCAUGACCGAGGCGUGCUCAGGCCGUGGAGACUGUCUGGAGUGUGGAACCUGCGUGUGCUACAAUCCAGAUCAGUUUGAAGGGCAAUACUGCCAGUAUGAUAGGACCCAGUGUCAACGGUUUGGAGGCUUCCUGUGCAAUGACCGAGGCUCUUGCGUUAUGGGCCAGUGUGUGUGCGCCCAGGGCUGGGAGGGCAACGCCUGUGAGUGUCCCAAGAGCAACCAGACCUGUUUGGACAACAAUGGGGGCAUCUGCAAUGGGCGAGGUAAAUGUGUGUGCGGCCGAUGUGAAUGUACUAACUCUGGAAAUGAAAUGACUUCAACCUGCGAGUUGAGUGCCCAGGUUGUGUUGGGAGCAUGUGAGUCUACAAGAAGCUGCGUUCAGUGUCAGUCCUGGAAAACAGGAGAGAAGAAGGAUGAAGAGGAGUGUAACAAGUGUUUCUUCAAAAGUGUCAUGGUGGAUGAACUCAAAGAACGGGAAAAGGUGACUGAUGUGUGCAGUUUCCGGGAUGAGGAUGACGACUGCACCUACUACUACACUGUUGACCUUUCCAAAGAUCCAGCACUGAACCCUGGAGGCCUAGAGGUUGAAGUGCUCAAGAAGAAAGAUUGUCCCCCUGCGAGCCUCCUGUGGCUGCUUCCUCUCCUUUUGUUCCUCUUGUUACUUCUGGCUUUACUGCUGCUUUGCUGCUGGAAAUACUGUGCCUGCUGCAAAACCUGCUGCCAGAGUUGUCUGGCCCUGCUGCCGUGCUGUAAGAGAGGUCGCAUGGUUGGCUUCAAGGAGGAUGAAUAUCUGCUCCGCCAGUCUCUACUUACUUCAGACCACCUGGACACACCGAUGGUGAGGACUGGACCACCUAAAGGCACUGAUGUGGUCCGCUGGAAGGUUAAUGACAAUGUGCACCGAGCACCUAAUCACCCUCAGGCUCUGAUCAAGCCCAACCCCAAAGAGACCAUCCAGUUUCCACUCUCCCUCCGGCUAAACAGGUUGUUCUCUGAAAACCUGUCUCGUCCUGAAUCCAGAGAUGCCGAGCAGCUCCGUAAGGAAGUUGCUGAUAAUCUCAAUGAGGUGUACAAGCAGAUUCCUGGCGCCCAGAAGAUUCAAAAGACCUCAUUUAGAAUGCAGAGAAAUGCGGGGAAAAGGCAGGACUAUACCAUUAUGGACACUGUCCUAUCAGCUCCUCGCAGCAGCUACCCUGAUAUUGUCAAGCUGACGGAGAAAAAUGUCCAGUCAGGAAACUUCAGCGACCUUAAAGUGGUACCUGGAUACUACACUGUGGAAACCGACAGAGAGGCUGCAGGAGCUGUGGAGUUCCAAGAAGGUGUGGAGUCAGUGGAUGUUCACGUGCCGCUCUUUGUUAAGGAUGAGGAUGAUGACAAGAAACAACUACAAGUGGAGGCUGUAGAUGUGCCACUGGGUAUUGCUGAGAUUGGAAAACGUUUGGUCAACAUCACUAUCAUCAAAGAACAUGCCUCCAGUGUGUUUUCCUUCCUCCAGCCGGCCUACACUUAUAGCAGACAGGAUGGAGUGGCUAACAUCCCCAUCAGCAGAGAGAUCGUAGAGGACGGUCGCACGCAAGUCACCUACCGCACACGAGACCUCACAGCCAAGGACAAGAAGGACUAUGUGACUGUAGAAGGAGAUCUGAAUUAUGGUCCUGGUGAGACCCAGAAGUUAGUGCCUGUUCGUCUGCUGGAGCUGGGUGAGAAAGACAGCCUUCUGGAGGACAAACAGGUCAAACAGUUUGUCAUGGACCUGAGUAACCCACGGCAGGGCGCCAAGCUAGGACGCUACCCGAGAACGACAGUCACUAUCGCAGAUUCACCAGAGCCAAGUGUGAUGAUGUUCAAGAAGGGAACGCAAAACUUCACCACUUCUGACCCAAGCUAUGUUAUCCCUGUGGUCCGCACUCGUAACACGGAUAGCCCCGCCUCAGUGAAAUGGCGCACCAAGAAGGCCCAGCGCUUUGAGCUGUCAGGGCCUCUGAAGUUUGGUCCUGGAGAGACAGAGAAAAAUAUUGUAAUUGACCCAAAAGCCCACCCAGGUCCAAUUAAACCCGAGAACUUCCAUCUGGAGCUGUUUGACCCAAGCAGCAACGCUUCUAUUGGAGAUAGAAAGACCACUAUGAUCAAUGUUACAGACGGUGGAGGUCCUGAGAUGAUGCAAAUGCAGCAGAAAGGCUAUUCAAGCCCGAAAUGCUCCUCCCCUAGUGGUCUUCUUAUGUCUCCUGGUAACCCGAAAGCCAAAGCAACAGGACCCAGAAACAUCCGCCUCAACUGGGAACCACCACUUGGAAACCCCCUGGGCUAUAAGGUGAAGUACUGGAUCUAUGGUGACCCGGAGAAAGAUGCCACAGUUUUAGAUGUGAAGACACCUCAAGCUGAGCUGACUAACCUGUAUCCCUAUUGUGACUAUGAAAUGCGAGUGUGCGCCUACAAUGCAAUGGGAGAUGGCUUUGAUACUGAUGUUGUCACCUGUCAAACUUUGGAGGAUGCACCUGGUGAACCCGGUCGUCUGGCUUUUAACGUCAUCAGUCCAACUGUCACUCAGCUCAGUUGGGCCGAACCCGCAGAGACUAAUGGCAACAUCACAGCCUAUGAGGUCGUCUACACACCCAUCGAUGAUGACAUGAAGCCAGUUGGUGCUGACAAGAAAGUCAAGAUCGACAACCCUAAGAAGCGGAUGCUGUUGAUCGAGAACCUCCAGAAUGCUCAGACCUACCAGUAUAAAGUCCGUGCCAAGAACGGUGUGGGCUGGGGCCCCUUCAGAGAUGCCACCAUCAAUCUGGCAUCACAGCCUGCGAGACCGCUCUCCAUUCCAAUCAUCCCAGACAUCCCUAUUGUGGAUGCAGAAGCAGGAGAUGAAUAUGACGGCUAUCUGAUGUACAGCAAUGAGGUGCUCAAGUCUCCUGCUGGCUCGAAGACGCCCAGUGUCUCUGGUGAUGGAUUUGUCAAGUUGGUGGGAUCGAACCUGGAUCUCCGUAAGGUGUCGUGGAAAAAGCGUGUGGAGGUCAUCCCCAACUAUCGGCUCAGCACAGACACAGAGGCGAGCUCAGACGAGACCCCCCAACUGAGCCACACCCAAGCACCUCAGCCAGAUUACAUGAUGAAUGGAAAAUGGGACCAGAACUUCCUCUUCCCAGGCAGUUCAGUGACACGCAACAUGUCUGCAUCAUCCUCUCCCAUGUCCACCCUGAGCUCCAACUACAGAGGGGCUGGAGGCUCCUUCACCACAGAAACAACCACCACCUACUUGACUGGAUCAGGAGGCACCCGUACACAUGAAAUGAUGGGAGAUGGAGUAACUACAACAGAUGUCAUCAUGAGGAAGCGCUCAGAGAACAGGGCUUACACCGAUGAACACAUCCGUGACUCUAUUGUCAUGGGAGAUAUUCCCAAAUUCCCUGAUCUAGGUGGGUUCGGCUACACUGGGAUGCAGAGCAGCUCUCAGAGCCAGUUCAGCUACAGCCUCACUCAAGGUUCACGCGCAAGGACCGAGUCGUCAGACGUCAGCGAAGCCUUAUAUAAUCUGGACAGGGUGCUCCAAGAUGCUCGUCUCGCUCCAGGAGUCCCCGACACGCCCAGCAGGCUGGUGUUUUCUGCUCUGGGACCCACUGCCCUGAAAGUGAGCUGGCAGGAGCCUCACUGUGAGAAAGACAUUUUGGGCUACUGUGUCCUUUACCAGCUGCUUAAUGGAGGUGAUGUGAAGCGCAUCAAUGUGACAAACCCUGCUGAAAACUCAGUCAUCAUCCAGGAUCUGCUGCCCAACCACUCGUACCUGUUCAAGGUGAAGGCUCAGAGCCAGGAGGGCUGGGGCCCAGAGAGAGAGGGAGUCAUCACCAUCGAGUCUGCUGUGGACCCCAAAAGCCCCCUAAGCCCUGUGCCAGGCUCACCAUUCACUCUGAGCACUCCCAGCGCCCCAGGGCCCCUGAUCUUCACAGCUCUGAGCCCUGAUUCAUUACAGCUGAGCUGGGAGAAACCUCGCAAACCCAAUGGAGACAUUCUCGGUUAUGUAGUCACCUGUGAGCAGCUGCAUGGUGGAGGAGAUAUCCGCUCCUUCCAGGUGAAUGGAGACAGUGCUGAGACCAGUCUGACUGUCCAGAAUCUCACGGAGAAUGUUCCCUAUAAGUUUAAAGUUCAGGCUCGGACCACACAGGGCUUUGGUCCAGAGAGGGAGGGCAUCAUCACCAUUGAGUCUCAGGAUGGAGGUGCUUUGUCUCAGUACAACAGCCAAUCAACGACAAGGAGGGAGGUUUUCCAACUGCCGACAGAGGUCAACACACGGACCAACGUCUCCCACACUAUGAUCAACGAUCCCUACUUUUCAGAGGGGAUGAUGAUGACCACGCAGCACACAGAGACCAGCGGCAUCAUGACCCGACAGAUCACCAAGGAGGUGGUGCAGAGGAGCGUCAUGGGAGGAACCACAGUCACAAAGAAGAUGUUUUAUGAAUCUUAGGAUUUGGUAAACUUAUAAUUGCAUCCAAAGGUUCAGCAUGAUGAGGAAUCAUACAGAGGUGUAGCAACUAGUGAACUUUCAGUGAUAUUUAAAGCAAAUAUGACAAACAUUUGCUUUUCAAAUUGAAUGAUGUGCCCAAUUCUCGCAGAAAGGCAUCUUUAAGUUUUUUUUUUUUUUUACCUUUUAUAGAGUAAACAAUCGAUCAGUGCAUUGAAAAUAUAACUGGUCGAUCGAUUCUUGACUUAUUUAUGGUUCACUGAAAAAAAUACACAUUAAAACUUGAUGUCUUGUUACAGCUCGGACAUAAUAUGAGAUUCUUUCCACCCUCAAAGCUCUCACUGCUUAUAUUGUUAAGGAGUAAAAGUUGUUUUCUCUUGUCUGUUACAAACUGUAGCACACUUUGCUCCUUAAAUAAGAUCCAGUUUUCUUCCAUUUUCACUAACUCAUUGACUGUUUCAGUGUAUUUCACUUCAGCUUCUGUCCUGUAAACAAAUCGCUUCAGACUCCUCCCGCUCCCUCUGUUGGUUCAGAACUGAUAAGACACACUGGGGCUUUAAAUAAGGCCGGCACGGGUCAGUAAUCUGAGCAGGGUCCAGUAAUCCAAAGUGACCUCUCCUGUUGACUCCUGUUUGUGUCUGUUGUUUCUGAUCGGGCCUCUUCAGGGUACACACACCAAAUCUGAACCCAUGUUUCCACUGAAGGCAUCUUUUUAAGAUGCACAUCAAAUAGAUAAAUUCACCCAGUGGUCUUAAACUGACUGAUCAAAGGUGUAAAGGUGUUUUUUUGUUCAUAGAUUUGUAUUAUAUUUGUGUUUUUUCAAGCAUAGAUGACUAUAUUUAAUGCAUUUUUUUUACUUUAGCAGAUUGACAUUGAAUUAAUGCCAAAUACAGACGUACAAACACAUCUAUCGCUUACGUGCUUACGUUUCCUACUGACAAGCAAAGGGCGCGUGAUUUUAAUAUACAGAGAAAUAAUCAAAAAUCUUGUGUUUGCAAUUUGUGAGAUGUUUUAUAUUCAUGAUGUGGUCAAGUCUUCAUGCAUUACACGCUUUACUCUACUAGGCCAUUGUAAUUUGUAUUUGGUUGGUGUUAAGAUCUGGUGGAGAGAUGGUAUGCAAAGACAGAAAGAUUGUAUUUGUUUCAGUGCAGUAUGUAGAAAAUAUGACUGUAUUUUAUGAGAGAACAUUGUUUCUUGGGAGAUAAAUGUUGCCAGAUAAGUAGACCAAAAAUGGGACACAGUAAAGUAUUCAUUUUGAUCAACAUGUAUCAUUGCUUUGGAGCAUAUGUUUUUUUUUUGCAUUGUUUUUAUUUUUAUUGUCAGUUCUAUUGCACUUCUGAAAGGUUUUAAUAAAUAAAGUCUUAUUGAAUUUUCAUUGUCUCUUAAUCUAAAUGCAUGAACAACUGAUGACAAGAAAGGACAUUUUGAGUUCAUUUAUUUAUGUUUGGGAGGAAAAAAAGCAUUGUCAUCUACUGGAAGAAAAACCAAGCUGUAAAAACUAUCUCAUGCCUGAAUGAAAUGUAGCCGGAAGCAGAAACAGAGAAGCAAACAGAGAGAAAUUCACUUUUCACAUGCGUCAGACCAGUCCAUAAAUAUCUGGACAUAAGUUAGCUGGCUGCACAUCCUUUCACAGUGCCUUCAUGCUUUUAGAACAACAUAUUUAUACUUAUUAUUUUAGUUUGCAAAAAUGUUU